AUGGGUAAAUUAAGAUUUAAAAGACAGGAUGUAUCGAUUGGAAAUAUAUUCUCGGUAGAUAGUUACAACUAUCUCAAACACAAGUUGACGUGUAUGAUUGGAAUGGACUAUCGUUCGAUGGCAGCCUUUCGUUUCUUUAUGGCCGCUUGUGUAAUGGGCGACAUUGUCGAGCGUUCAGGUGACUUGUUUGUCAUCUACACGGAGCAGGUGCAUCUCAUCAACACUAGCUUCACCUUCCAGGCCUUUCUCUUUACCGUCCACUUUUGCAUCGCUUUUAUGAUGGCGAUUGGAUACCGUACCAAGUUGACAUCGUUCCUUACAUGGUUCCUUACCAUCUCGUUGCAGGCAUACGUCGGUAUUGUCGGACACGGUGGUGACGUCUUUUUCCGUAUGAUGUUGUUCUUUGCCAUCUUUAUUCCAUCGGCCGAAUGUUUUGCUGUCGACAGUUGGUACUUUGAAGACAAGGACAAGAAACAACAUGGAAACAUACUCCGUGACGAUCAACAAUCAUUAUUGCAUUCAGACGGUACUGCUAGCAACAGCGGUGGUAACAGCAACGGCGAACAGAUUGGUAUUGACGUGGGUGCUGGCGGAUCAGCCAACUCUCCCUCUACACGUGCCACCUAUUCAAAGCGUCCCGGUUACAAUACUGAUGCCUACCGUUUCAUUGGAUUCUCUACACUUGCCAUCAUCCUCCAAAUGUCUCUCAUGUACAUCUCCUCGUUUUUCCACAAGAGUGGUGAGGAAUGGAAGAAUGGUGAAGCCACCUUUUACGCCAUCACCUUGGAUUACUUUGCAACUGAUUUUGCUAAAUUCAUUGUUCAAUUUAGAACUACUAUUAGAAUCUUAACAAUUGCAGUAGCAAAAUGGGAAUUAUGGGGAGCAUUCUUUUUGUUUUCUCCAAUCUAUACAGAUUAUUGUAGAUUAUUUGGAGCUAUUGGAUUCAUGGCAAUGCAUUUAGGAUUUGUUUUGUGUCUUCGUUUGGGUCUGUUCUUUUGGGUGACUGCCUUGGCUCAGACUGCUAAUCUUCCACCAUUCUUUUGGGAGUACACAUUUGAUUGGUUUGAAACAAAGUUGAUGAAGGGUCAACGUUCAAUCCGUGUCUACUACAACACUUCCAGCCCACUCUCUCAAUACACCACGUUGAUCAUGAAGACAUUCUUUAUCAUUCCAUCUUGUGCCACUUAUGCUCCACUCGAACAAAUGAUCAAAGACAGUAACCAAAUGGGUGGAGGUGACAUUAUCUCUGCUUCUUCUGAAAACAACAAUAAUAGUAAUAGUAAUGAUACUAAUCACGAUGAUGUCGAUCGUUCAGAUGAUGAUUAUGACAAGACUAGCAAGACCAAUAAUAGUUCUUCAAGUAGCAUGUCACGUAGAACCUUAUUGGGAGAUGAUUGGUUUGUUACAAUUGACGGGUAUGGAGUACGUCGUCGUAAUCUUAUGGCACUUAACCACCUUGCUUCCAAGUCACCAAUCCUCUUUUUGUUCUCUUGGAUGGCCAGCUACACACCCAUGGGAGUGUCCAACAUUGUUGCUCGCAUCAUGUUGUUUGUACACACCAAGUCACAAGAAUCACAAACUCUUUCUCGCGAGCUGUCUACAUACCAACGUCGCAAGUAUCCACGUGCUCAACCACACAAGGCAUGGGUCAUUCUCAACCAAAUCUGGUUGGCAUGGGUCUGCUACAUCAUCUUGAUGUACAACUUGAACACAUUCCACUACAGAGUCGGCUGGAAGAACGAGUACACCCAAAUGGCAUUCCUCUUUCGUUGGGAUCAGGGCUGGAACAUGUUCUCGCCCUCCCCACCAAAGACCCAUUGGUGGCACACGAUCCACGGCAAGCUCGACGACGACACACCCAUCGAGUUGUUCAAAAACGAGACGUUCCACAAUCUGGCCGGUCCCAUCAACUAUCAAGUCGACUUUGACAAGCCCGUUCCAUUCGACCGUACCUAUGGUAACCAUCGUUGGUUCAAGUUUUGGGAGAAUGGUUACAAUGCCUAUGGCGCCGAUGCUCUCCGUCUUGAAGUUGGUCGUUACAUUUGUCGUCAAUUCAAUUCUGCGCGUCACGGCAAUAAGACGUUGUACUCUUUUACCGUCUACUUUGUACAUGAACUUCAAAACCUCGACGGUACUAUAAGUCCUGGUGGGCAUCAAUCUCUCUGGAAUCAUAUAUGUUAUGAUAAACCAGUCACUGCUGCUCCAGCCAAAACUGAUGCUCCUAAAAUAGAACCUCCCAAAGAAGAUGAAAAGGAAGAAAAAGAGAAUCAAAAUGAAGAGUAG